AUGAGACUGAGCCUGUCGUUUUCAAUGCAGCUCGCACCUCUGCCCGUCUUCCUGCAGCAGGUUUACGGUGAACACAGCGGCUUCAGCAAGAGCUGCUCUCGUAGACUGCGCGGUGACGUCACCAGACUUCUACCUCUCGCCUCUCUCUGGCUGGCUGUUUUGGACACUUGCACCAGCAUCAGCAAAGCCAUCAGCUCGAGCGAGGCCCCUGUCAAGGAGAAACAUGCACGCAGAAUUAUUUUGGGGACCCACCAUGAGAAAGGCGCCUUCACCUUCUGGUCCUACGCCAUCGGCCUCCCGCUGCCCAGCAGCUCCAUCAUCAGCUGGAAGUUCUGUCACAUCGUGCACAAAAUCCUCCGCGAUGGGCACCCCAAUGUCCUCCAGGACUGCCUGAGACACCAGAGUAAUAUUCGGGAAAUGGGGAGCUUGUGGGGUCAUUUACAUGAUAAGUAUGGACAGCUGGUGGUGAUAUACUCCUUGCUUCUGAACAACAAGAUGAAUUUCCAUGCAAAGCAAACUCAAUUCCCAGGAAACCUGGAGCUGCAGGACGAAGAGCUGGAGAAGGCUGCUGGAACUGACAUCAAUAACGUUUUCCAGCUAACAGUGGACUUGUUUGAUUACCUGGACUGUGAACUGAAACUUGCUGAGACUGUGUUCAGGCAGCUCAACACCUCCAUCGCUGUGUCUCAGACUUCCUCCGGGCAGUGCAGACUGUCUCCAAUGAUCCAGGUGAUCCAAGACUGCAGCCACCUGUACCACUACAUCGUCAAGCUGCUCUUCAAACUGCAUGCGUGUUUGCCGGUGGAAACGUUGCAGGGUCACAGAGAGCGGUUCCAUGACCAGUUCCACAGCCUUAAAAACUUCUUCAAUCGAGCGAGAGACAUGCUGUACUUCAAGAGACUGAUCCAGAUCCCAAAGCUGCCUGACAGCCCUCCUAAUUUCCUGCGUGCCUCAGCGUUGGCAGAGCAUGUCAAGCCUGUGGUGGUGAUGUCUGAUGACGUGCCAGACGAUGAAGAACCAGAGGCUCUGAUAGAGGUCGCCUCCGCCCCGCAAACCCAACAGCAGAAUGUGGUGGAUAUGUUUGACCAGGCCUUCGGACCUCCAUCGAACGGUUUUGAUGACCGGGACGUUCAGAUAGACAACCUGAAGCGAGAAGUGGAGAUGCUGAGAGCCGAGCUGGAGAGGAUCAAAUCCGAGGCCCAGCGCUACAUCACUCAGCUCAAGUCUCAGAUCAACAGCCUGGAGGCAGAGCUGGAGGAGCAGCGCACACAGAAGCAGAAGGCGCUGGUGGAGAAUGAGCGGCUGCGCAUGGAGCUGGAGAGCCUGCGGAGGCAGCGGGCCGAGGGGGAGAGCCAGCUGGGACAGGUCCUCGAGGCAGAGAAGAGAGCCCAGGCCACAGAGCAACGCUACAAGCAGCUGAAGGACAAGCACAAUGAUCUGGUCAGCAGACAUGCAGAGCUCCUCAGAAAGAGUGCGGACACUUCAAAAAUGCUUAGCGCGACCCAGCAGUCUCAGGAGGAGGUGGCCCGAACCAAACAGCAGCUGGCCUUCGAGGUGGAGCAGGUCAAACAGGCGUCCGAGAUGAAGAUUGAAGAACAGAAUGUUCAGCUGGAAAGACUCCGAAGGGAACUGGAGGCCAGCCGGGCUGAACUGUCUCACAUUCAGAGCAAGCUGCAGAGCUCCGAGCAGUCUGGGCAGAAGCUGAGCAGCAUGCUGGGGAGUCUGCAGGAGGAGGAGGGGGUGCUGAGGAAGAAGAUGGCACAGCAGGAGGUGGAGCUCUGCUCUCUGAAGAGUGAGGUUCAGCAGAGCCAGUCUUCACUCCAGCGAGUGAGGGAGAGGAGCUCUCGGGAACUGGGGGAACUGCAAGGGAAACUGAGGGAGAAGUUGAGCCAGGAGGAUCUUCUCCAGCAAAAGCUCUUGGAUGAGCAGUUCAGGCUGCUGCAAGGGACGGUGGCGGAGGCUGAAAACAUCAUCCAGGAUGCCGUGGCCCGGCUGGACGACCCCCUGCAUGUCCGCUGCACCAGCUCCCCAGAUUACCUGAUCUGCAGGGCAGAGGCCACAUUGAGCUCUAUCAAUUCUGUGCAGCGUGGACACGCUGAGUACUUGAAGAACAUGGGAGAUGCUGGGAGCCUGGUGCGACCCCUCACUCAGUUUGCCCACCUGACUGCAGACACCAUAGUGAAUGGGAGUGCCACUGCACAUCUGGCCCCCACUGACCAUGCCGAUAAGCUUACUGACAGCUGCAGGGACUGUGGGAAUGUAAGCUUGCAGUUUUUGAAAGACAUGAAGACCAAACAGUCUUUGGCACAUGCGAGCCCAGAGGCUAUCAUACUGAUCAUUGAGAAGAUCCUGCAGCUGGGCAAGGACCUGAGGCCUAGAAGCAUGGACUUCAACCAGGAGGAGCUGGGAGACAUGGUGGAUAAAGAGAUGGCAGCUACUUCAGCGGCCAUUGAAGAGGCAGUCAGAAGAAUCGAGGAAAUGAUGGACCAGGCUAGAAAAGACAGUUCUGGAGUGAAGCUGGAGGUCAAUGAAAGAAUCCUGAACUCCUGCACAAACCUGAUGAAGGCUAUCCACCUGCUUGUCAUGGCCUCAACAGAACUACAGCGGGAGAUCGUGGACAGUGGACGGGGGGCAGCAACACAGAAGGAGUUCUAUGCGAAGAAUUCUCGCUGGACAGAAGGUUUGAUUUCUGCAUCCAAAGCAGUGGGCUGGGGAGCGACUCAGAUGGUGUAAGUCUCAAUAGGCCCAGGUUGCAGGCACCACUGUUCAGGAUGAUGUUAUGAGCCUGCAACAGACUUCGUUACUUUUAGCAUAUCAUUAAAAUACCAGCUAGUCAUAUGAAAAUGAAGCAGUCUUAGUCUAUGGGAGUUGAUUUACUUUGAGCAAAGACAGAUCUAAAAU